GUUAUAGUUUACAAUUGCGAAUACCAAUAAUAUAACGAGAAUGAACGUGAAACUUGUUUCCUUCAUAUUUAUGCUCACUAUAGUAUCACUAGAAGGACAAGUAGAUUUCAAAGAAAACUUAGAAGUUUUAUGGAAAGGAUUAAUUAAUUAUGCGUUUCCCAAAAAUCCUGAUAUAGUAAGAGUGAGAAAGUCAGAAGAUGUCACAACAGUAAACAAUAUAACCAUAUUAGAUUUUAUCGGUUUAGUAGAGAGAUACGGUUAUUCCGCCGAAGAGCAUUACGUCACAACGGAAGAUGGUUAUAACUUGAUAAUACACAGAAUAUCAGAAAGUCCUUUGUCUAAGGAUCGACAAAGAAAAAAAAUUGUUUUUCUUCAACAUGGUAUCUUGUGCUCAUCUGAUUCCUGGGUAAUGUUUGGUGCUGGCAAAGAUCUUGCAUUUUCAUUGGCUGAUGAAGGAUAUGAUGUAUGGCUUGGAAAUAUCAGAGGAAAUUCUUAUUGCAGAUCACACAUAAAAAUGUCUCCACGAGAUAAAGAUUUUUGGCAAUUUAGCUAUCAUGAGGUGGGAACGAAAGACCUACCAGCUAUGAUCGAUUAUAUACUUAAUUACACAAAACAGAAAAGUUUACACUAUAUCGGUCACUCAAUGGGAACAACUGCAUUAUUUGUUUUAUUAUCUAUGAGGCCCGAAUACAAUGCAAAAAUAGAAUUGGGAAUCUGCCUUGCUCCAGUCGCCAUUUGGAAAAAAAUACCUCCUCUUAUCCAAUUUCUUCAAAGUCAAGAACAAAUUAUUAAGGUAAGAAAAUAUCAAAAUUGUAUUUUAAAAGAAAUAAAGAAAAAUAUAUUUUAUAUAAGUUCUACC